GGCAACAUUACUUAAUCUACAUCGAUCUAUUUUGUCAACAUGUCGGAUAACGAGGACUUAUUAGGCGAAGAUUUAGGAGAUCACAGCCUCGCAGAUUAUAAUUUGGGUAACGACGAAGAAGAACAGUUGCUGGCUGACGAUUACGACGGUGCGAAUUCACAAAACGUACCGUCGGCAAGGGGAACAGCUUACAGAGAACAAAUUGAUGUUGUACCAACUGAUUAUGCUGAACAAAAUAUUGAAUAUACCCAGCCUGUACAAUAUGCAGCACCAGAAGCGGAGUGUGUUGUGCCGAACAUAGUAGUGGAAGUGCCGAACACACGUCCAGAGCAUUCCACAUACGCACCGUACGAGCCUACGUAUGAGAGGGAACAUGCUGUGCCUCCGCCUAUUCCAGCAGCACCAAUGGAGUCUCCACAAAUUGUUCCAUCAGAAAUGGCUCCUCUAGCUGGAGAUCUGAAUAGAGAGAGAUUCACAUCAGAACGGCCAGUGGGGUCACAACGGACCCCACAAAUUAGGAAUAUACCGGAUUCUCUAGAUAAAGUAUACGUGCCCCGAGCUGGUCGGGGUCGCGGUGCGUGGCGGCCGCACAGACACGCGCAUCCAUAUAGACGGAAUAAUAUGCAGUUUCGGGCGAACUUCGCUCCCCGCCCGUCAUUCCCCCCUCCCCGCCACAGUCCGCCCCAAAUGCGUCCCGAAAUACCGGAAAUACGUCACGAACCACCUCAAGAUAGACAAAUACAACCGGAAAUACGGCCAGAGUUCCAAAACUUCCAAAGAUUUUACCGUCCUAACAUGGAAGAAACGUUCCCAAACCAAAACUUUGAAAGGCCAAUGUUCCCGGUAUAUAGACCGUUUGUGCCCCGGGAAAUUGUGCCCAAUAAUUUGCCCCAAGUCAUAAGGCAGCCGUUACCAGUGUUGCCUGGUAAGAACGUGGAGCAGGAAGUGAGAAUGUUGCCAGUUCUGCCCCCGAAUCUGCCCCCGUUGACGGGGAAGAAAGUGCUCAUCAAUCCGCACUUUAAGGGCAACUUUCAGCCGCCGGUGGAGGGGUUGCCAGCGUACAUUCCGACGCGCAUACAAAAGACACCGCCCCUAAGCCCCACGCUGGAGCAAAAAUUCGGACCAAUAAAAGACAUAGACGACGCAGCAGAAAGAUUCAUAGCGGAACAGAGGAGUGCUCUUGCUAGAGCCGCUAGUAGGAAUCUGAGGAGAUCACCGCAGAGAUACAUAGAGAACACAACAAUAGAGAUAGAGAAUGAGCUAGCUCGUUCAAGACGCAAUGACGACGAAUUAUUGCGAAAACAAGAAGAAUUCAUACAUGCUAAUCGCGCUGGAUUGAGACGAAGGAUGCGGUCCCCGUCCCCCCCUCCCCGCCGCUCCCCCUCACCCGUGCGGGAACAUCGCCGGGAAGAGAGACGGACAAGACCGCAUGAUGAUGAGGACAGUGAAUACAGAAGGAAAGUGCGCGAACAAGAGUCGCUAAGAGAGAGAGUUUUGCGCGCGAAAGAAGUUAGGAGGAGAAAGAAUGCGGUCGCGCUGCAGAAACAGUUGCAAGACAGGGAGCGUGAAAUCAAAGACAAAGAUAAGCCAAAGGACGAACCGAAAGCAGUUAUAAAAGAUAAAGACACAAAAGAUACAAAAGAUAAAGAAAAAGAUAAAGAUAUAAAAGAGAAACCGUCAAGUACAAAGGAAGAAGACACGAAACCGGACACGACGGAGAAAUCUCCGGAAAUAGAGAGAGUUACAGUGAGAGUGAGAGUGGAAGAGAAGCAGAAGGAGAAAGAGAGAGAUAGAUCUCCGUUGAGAGAUGAGGUUGAGGUUAACUCUACUUGCGAAGCCCUAACCCCCCCACGGCCAGUGAACAGUACAACCCCCCCAUUACCGCGAACAACGCACGACAGUGAUGAUGAUCUGGAUCUAAUACUGGGUGAUAUAGACGGGAUAUUAUCUGAUGAUGAAGAUACAGGACGGUUUAAGGAUGAUAAAACGGAUUCAAGCAAAUCCCAAACGGAUCUCCGUUCGAAGUUGCCGCCGAAAAAUGGCGACAAAAAAACGGGCAGACAAAAGAUUACGUUCACUGCAAAUGAGGAGAAAAAGAAAGAGAAAUCACCAAUACGCAGGACUAUAGUGACAAGUUCUACGAAAAAUGUGGAAACCGAAAAGAAAACUGAAAAGGUAAAACCGCAGGCCGCAACCAAUACGACUGCUAAAUCUAGACAACGGAUAGUUUUCGAUGCUAAAAAGGCACAAACAGAAAAAACUGAAGACGAGAACGCGCAGAAAUUCACCAACCGCCGCGUAAUACUACAGCGUAAGGGUGACAAAGAGAAAUCUGUCUUUUCGCGAAUCGACCAGAACGACCCCACGAAACCGAACCCCGGAAUAUUCAGUAGAGCGUUCAAAUCCAUAGGCACUGAACGUAUAGUCCGAAACGACACUAUACAAGUCGUUGACAGGAAGGAAUUGUCAUCUGACGGCCGUAAAGUGGCAUCUGACAGCCGAAAAGUCGCAUCUGACAGUCGUAAAGUGUCAUCUGACUUGCGCAAAGUGUCAUCUGACGGGCGUAAGAUGUCUGACGAGCCAGAAGUGGAAUAUGAGAGCGGUUCUGAUGAUGAAGGGGUUACGAAGCCAAGGGAAGUGGGUUUGAGUGCCGCGGUGAGCAAUUUGCCGCACGGCAUGACGGACACGAGAUUGCGGACUUUGGCCGGCGAUUUUGUACAGAGUUUAAUAUUGGAUAAGGAGGAACGUACAGCAAAAAUAACGUUCAAGACGACAAGUGCAGCUGAGAAUUUUAAGAAGAAAUUCAAUAACAAGAUGGUCGCCGCGAGCAGGCUUACUGUUGUAUUGCAAUAAAUGAUUUAAUUAUUGUAUGGGGUUACAUUAUUUGGUUGCGAUCUAUUGUUAUUGUGUUAAAAAUUUUUUUACUAGCCAUAAUGUAAAUUUAAACAGAAUACAAUUUUUUUUGGUUUUUCUGAUAUCGGGGCUUUUAAUGUAGUACAUACUGUUCAUUAAGACAAGACCAAUCUAUGGAGUGAUGGAAAAAUUAUAUCAAAAUUAAUAAAAAACAGUAAAAAUAGCGAUUUAUGGCCUGUACCCUCAUAGGCCCGUGUCCCAACAGUGGGAAUUUUUUGACGGAAUAGUGCUAUCUCUCUCGUUCAUAAAGUCAUUUGUAUGUUUUGUCACUCAUAAAAUUAUAGUCCCGAAUAUAGGAAUACUAAAAUAUCCAUACUAAUAUUAUAAAUGCGAAAGUAACUCUGUCUGUCUGUCUGUUACUCAAUCACGCCUUAACUACUGAACCAAUUUGCAUGAAAUUUGGUU